CAUACAAUAUGUGGUCUUUUACUGAGCUUGUUAGCAUAAUGUUUUCAGUGUUCACAUUGUAGCGAGUUCAGCCACAUUGUAACAAGUUUAGCUACUUGUAGAGUGUGACAGUACUUCAUUCCUAUUUUUUAGUACUUCAUUCCUUUUUAUGGCUGAGAGAGAUUCCUUUAUGUGGAUGCACCACAUUUGUUGAUCCAUUCAGCAGUUGAUGGACAUUUGGGUGGUUUCUGCAUUUUGGCUGUUGGGAAUGAUGUUACUCUCCUUAAUGUAGACUCAUAUAAAAGGAUCAAGGUUUCCAAAGUCACAAAGAGACAGUUGCUAGGUUUAGUGCCUUUUUAGUAGUAUUUUUCCCCCUAUUCGUUUUCAGACCCUUGGGAGCUUAGGAUAUCUCAGUUCUGAAUGUUAGCACCUGAAAAUGCCGGUAGACGAGGAAGCACCUGGAGAUGACUCGGACCCAGUUUCUUCAGACAGUGAAAGAACCUACACUUACCAGUGAGAGAGCGUAACACUUUCUACACCAUGGAGGACUUUGACUUGGUGAAGCACUUACAAAAAACUCCGUCUUCUGUAGGAUCUGAUCUAAAAAAUUCUCCCUAUUCUCUUGGACUGAACUUAAAUAUUAAUAGAAGUAGUCCCCACCUUAGUACAAACGGGGUGUCCUCUUUCUCAGGGAAGACCAGAGCGUCCGCAAGCCGAGGCGCAGCUGGAGCCCUCGCCCCUUUGAUGCAGGAGCUGCCGAGCCGGGCGGGCACUGAUUCGCAACUCUGGAGGAGCCGUCAGGCCAGGUGGUUGCAGCUCUUCAGCCUGGUGGAGACGCAGUGCCAGGAGCAGAUCGCUGCCCAGCAGGCGCAGUUCCACACGCAGGUCCAGCGGAUACAGGAGGAGAUAAAAAACCUGGUCAAGUUACAGAGCAGUAAUGCUGCGCGGGCUUCGUGCCACACAAGCUCUUUAAGCAAACACAUCUCUCCUGGAAGGCAGAUGGGUUUCUUUUCGGAAAACAGUGACAGAAAUGAGUCUGUUCUCAGCUACCCGAAGUCUAAGGAGCCCGAGACGCAGCAGGACACGGCCCCGUCCCAGCCUGACUGCACCAUGGACAGCAGCUCCGUGAGCAGCGGCUACGGCACCUUCUGCGUCUCAGAGUUAAACACCUACACGCCCAAGGGCCCCCAGGACUUCAGGGAGCCCGCAGAGGCCUCUGCGGGGCAGUGCGGGGUGCCCGCGGUGCAGGACUCGGCCCUCGUGGACAGAGGAAAAUACAAGCGUUUCUUCUUCCACUCUCCUGAAGAGCUCGGUGCCUCCUUAAAGGAACAGAUUCCCGUUUUCCCUGCAGAAUUUGAACACAGUUUUCUUGGUGAGAGUCAGAUUUCGGAAGUAUACAGUGGGAAAGCAAACAGUAAAGCGAUAACGUCAUGGGCCCAGAAGCUGAAGCAAAACCACCCAAAGGGAGCUCACGCGGAGGAGGGACGCCCCAGACUCACGCAUGGAGGCGAGCGGCCCCAGAGAGCGCCGGCGGAGAAGUCGGAGUUGGAGUUCGCCGCUGCUACACCGCCUCGUGCUUUUUACCUCAGCAAACCAGAUGAAAGUCCCAGUUUUUGGAUGCCCGAUUCCGGAGCAGGCCUGACCUACUGGAAGCUGGAGGAGAAGGACCUGUACCACCCGCUGCCCGAGGCGUCCCUGUCUUCCACCCGCGUGUCGGCCAGCCAGUCCAACACUAGCAGUGAGAUGAGGCUCCCGUCACUGAAGGACAUUUAUCAUAAAAAGCAAAGGGAGACCAAGCAGUUACCAGAGAGGGAUCUCGCGCCUGCCUGCAGCCUGGAGCACCCGCCCGAGGUGCUGACUCUCGACCCAACGUUACACAGGAGGCCGGGUGGGCCGGUUUCAGGGGCCCAGCCGCCUGGCUUUCUGAACGUCCUGCAGGACAGGCUCUCCUCGCCGGACUCAGUCCCGGAGCCCAGUGUGUCUGCUCACUCUGAUAUUGACUCGUUCUCACAAGCAAGUAAUGUCCCUUCCCAGCUGUCUGGGUUCCCAAAAUGCCCCUCAGAUGCGAAAGCGUCAACAGGGGCCUCCUGGAAGAGCCCCGUCUCCCCCAGCGGGAGCAGGACCAGCUCCACAUUCCCCUCGGUCUAUACUGUGACCUGCAACGACACCUCGGUCAGCACGGUGGAGGAGGGCUCUGUCAUGGUAACUGCAGCCUCGUUCGGUCAGUCCCAGCUCCCAGGGACAGCCAGCGGCGGCCCAGAGUGCGUUUCCUUGGCUUCCCUGGAAGACCCCGGGCUGCUGUCUAACAUCCGGCAGAACCUGAAGGAAAAGCACGCCCGGCACAUAGCCGACCUUCGGGCUUAUUACGAGUCAGAAAUAACCAGCUUGAAACAGAAACUGGAGGCAAAAGAAAUGUCUGCAGUUGAAGACUGGAAGAAGACCAAUCAGAUUCUUGUGGACAGAUGCAGCCAGCUGGACGGUGCUCUGAGUGAAGCCACCAGCCGUCUGAGGACGCUUGAAAAUAAGAACAACCUGCUGGAAAGAGAAGUGAGUGAUUUCCGAGAGCGCCUCAGCGCCACCAGCAGUGCCUCCAAGGCUCUGCAGGACCGGAUCGAGGAGAUGCGAGCGAGCGACAAGGAGAAGGACGGCACCCUCCUCCGGCUGAAGUCGCGGCUGCAGGACGUGGAGGAGGCCCUGGAGCACACGUACAGGCUCUCCAGCGACAAGGACACCAGGCUGAAGCAGGAGCACAAGAUGUUUCAAGACCUUUUAGGAGAAUACGAGUCCCUUGGAAAAGAGCACGAGAGAGUGAAGGACACGUUAAAUACGACAGAGAACAGAUUGCUCGAUGCGCAGACUCAGAUCUCUGACUUGAAAAGAACAAUCUCCAAACUCGAAGCCCAGGUUAAGCAGGUGGAGCACGAGAACAUGCUAAGUCUCCGGCAUAGUUCCAGAGCUCCAGCGAGGCCCUCGCGUGCCAACACACUGGCCACCUCGGAUGUCAGCCGGCGGAAGUGGCUGAUCCCCGGGGCCGAGUACUCGAUCUUCACGGGGCAGCCCCUGGACGGGCAGGACAGGACGGUGGACCGGGACCGGCGGGAGGAGACCUGCCUCCCCGGGUUCCAUCCUUCUGAGGAGGAGUCUGCGCCCGGAAGUUCACCAGCAAACUUCCUGGUAACGAAACAAAGAGCAUCCGACUCGCCGAUUGUGAGAGCUCUAAAGGAACUCGAGGGAGAAAAAGUGUUUAAACACUGGGGCACGCAGACCGAGAAAGAGGACACUUCGAAUAAAUUAGCAAAUCCUCAGCAACCUGAAGUGCCCGUCGGUGCGAGUCGGUCCCCAGAGAAGUGCGCCCAGCAGAGACCCCGGAGGUUCAGCUCCACCGCGCAGAGGUCCUCGUCUUUACCGCCUUCCAACCGCAAGUCAGGCACUCCAACGAAGAGAGAGAUCAUGUUAACGCCAGUGGCUGUGGCGUACAGUCCAAAGCGGUCCCCUAAAGAAAACUUGUCCCCAGGGUUUAGCCACCUGCUGAGCAAAACCGAAAGCAGUCCGAUUCGAUUUGAUAUACUUUUGGAUGAUUUAGAUUCUGUUCCUGUGUCUACGUCACAACGCACCAACCCAAGGAAACAGCUCCAGUUUCUCCCGCUAGGUGACUCGGAAGAAAAAAAAUAUUCAGAGAAAGCCACGGACACCCAUGCAAAUAGUAGCUCUCCCCCCGAGCUGCUGCCCAGUGGGAUGAAGGCCCCAGGGCGACCUGCCUGGGCGAAGGGCGAGCCGGGCAGCUGCGAGCAGUGUCAGUCCACACCCGCCCCUCGCGCCCAGGACUUCGAGUAUACCGCCAAAAUCAGGACCCUGGCAGAAACCGAGCGGUUUUUCGAUGAGCUUACAAAGGAAAAAGACCAGAUCGAGGCCGCCCUCAGCCGCAUGCCUUCUGCAGGAGGACGGGUCACCUUGCAGACGAGACUGAACCAGGAGGCCCUGGAGGACCGGUUGGAGAGGGUCAACCGGGAGCUGGGCUCGGUGCGCAUGACCCUGAAGAAGUUCCAUGUGCUGCGCACGUCGGCGAACCUGUAGCGUUACCCGGCGGCCUGGCCCGGCCCCGGGCUGGCUUCCCAGCCGCGCCCUUCGCAACACUUGCUCUUUUGUACUUAAGACAGCCACAUAUUUUCAGGAUAUUUUUGUUACACUCAGGAAUCUCUUGUAUAUUUUACUAUUUAGAAAGUGUUAUUUUUAUCUAGGAGCGACUCCAGUUUAUAUUGGGGUGAGGAGGUGUGACCGGGCGGCGGCUGGUCCCCACGGAGUGCGUCCUGUUAGUGACCUGUGCCCCGUUUUGUAAGCUUGUCCCACAUUGUGUCAUUUUUUUAAAUAAACGCUUCGGAACAGCUUUCCUGA